AUGUCAUACACAGACAUCGCCAUUAGCGUAGCACUCACCACCAGAGUAGAAGCACCCGCCCACCACUACACACUCAGCCUCAUACCCGUGUCAUACACCGGCAUCGCCAUAAGUGUAGCACUCACCACCAGAGUAGAAGCACCAACCCACUACAACAAACUCACCCUCAUACCCGUGUCAUACACUGGCACCGCCAUUAGUGUAGCACUCACCACCAGAGUAGAAGCACCCACCCACUACUACACACUCACCCUCAUACCCGUGUCAUACACCGUCAUCGCCAUUAGUGUAGCACUGACCCCCAGAGUAGAAGCACCCACCCACUACUACCCAUUCACCCUCAUACCCGUGUCAUACACCGGCACCUCCAAAAGUGUAGCACCGACCCCCAGUGUAGAAGCACCCACCCACUACUACACGCUCACCCUCAUACCCGUAUCAUACACUGGCACCGCCAUUAGUGUAGCACUCACCACCAAAGUAGAAGCACCAACACACUACUACACACUCACCCUCAUACCCGUGUCAUACACCGGCACUGCCAUUAGUGUAGCACUCACCACAAGAGUAGAAGCACCCACCCACUACUACACACUCACCCUCAUACACGUGUCAUACACUGGCAUCGCCAUUAGUGUAGCACUGACCCCCAGAGUAGAAGCACCCACCCACUACUACACACUCACCCUCAUACCCGUGUCAUACACCGGCACUGCCAUUAGUGUACCACUGACCCCCAGAGUAGAAGCACCCACCCACUUCUACACACUCACCCUCAUACCCGUGUCAUACACAGGCAUCGCCAUUAGCGUAGCACUCACCACCAGAGUAGAAGCAACCGCCCACUACUACACACUCACCCUCAUCCCCGUGUCAUACACCGGCAUCGCCAUAAGUGUAGCACUCACCACCAGAGUAGAAGCACCCACCCACUACAACAAACUCACCCUCAUACCCGUGUCAUACACUGGCAUCGCCAUUAGUGUAGCACUCACCACAAGAGUAGAAGCACCCACCCACUACUACACACUCACCCUCAUACCCGUGUCAUACACCGGCAUCGCCAUUAGUGUAGCACUGACCCCCAGAGUAGAAGCACCAACCCACUACUACCCAUUCACCCUCAUACCCGUGUCAUACACAGGCACCUCCAAAAGUGUAGCACCGACCCCCAGUGUAGAAGCACCCACCCACUACUACACACUCACCCUCAUACCCGUGUCAUACACUGGCAUCGCCAUUAGUGUAGCACUGACCACCAGAGUAGAAGCACCAACCCACUACUACACACUCACCCUCAUACCCGUGUCAUACACCGGCACCCCGAUUAGUGUAGCACUGACCCCCAGAGUAGAAGCAGCAACUCACUACAACACACUCACCCUCAUAUCCGUGUCAUACACCGGCAUCGCCAUUAGUGUAGCACUGACAUAA